GUAUGAGAUGUAGCCGCAGGGCUCCCGCUCUAAAGGGAAAACCCAGAAGGGGAAGGGGAGGCUGUGGGGGAGAGGCUGACUGUGCACCCCAACUGCGAACUGUGGGGAAUGCCCAGGACACGGAGCCCCAGGGUUGUGCUCCCCCCAACCAAUGGCAAAUUGUGUGUGUGUGUUUCUAGGCUGAGGAGUCAAGCUGAAAAAGGCAGAAAGAGCAGCGGUUCACAGGGAAAUAAAUUGUAGACAGAAAGGGAAGGUGGAAGAAGAGAGAAGGCAGGCAGAAAUGAGAGAGGAGGGAGAGGGAGGGCCCUGGGCAGAGACCCCGCCCCUGGCCCACGUGACCCAGCGAAGUGCUCCUGCCCCAGGAGGAGGCCCAGCACAGAGGGAGGAAGGACAGCAGAGCUCACACAUCAGACAGCAGUGCUCGUGAGCGUUUCGGGAGCUGAAGCUCUUCUCACAGAGCGAGGGACACAGCAGACAGCAGACACCAUGAAGCCCCCCUUAGCCCAUGCCCACAGAGGGUGCAGCCCCUGGAAUGGGCUCCUGCUGGCAGUCGCACUCGUAACCUUCUGGAAGCUGCUCAGCACUGUGAAACCCUCUAUUGAAUCGGUGCCCGUCAUUGCUGCAGAAGGCACGGAUGUGCUUCUACUUGUCCACAGUGUGACAGGGGAUCUUCUAGGCUACAGCUGGUACAGAGGAGAAAGGGUAGAGAACAACCAACUAAUUGCAUCACAUAGAAUAGACGUUAGUACAAGCACCACUGGGCUUGCACACAGCGGUCGAGAGACAAUAUACCCCAAUGGAUCCCUGCUGUUCCAGAAUGUCACCCAGCACGACACAGGAUACUACACCCUGUUCAUUAUAAAGAAUGAUUUACAGACGGAAAGACUAGCUGCACAACUCCGCGUAUACCCGGUGUUGCCCACCCCAGUCAUCACCAGCAACAACUUCAACCCCAUGGAGCAGGACACUGUAGUGUUAACAUGUGGGACGGAGACUCAGAACACCUCCCACACGUGGUGGGUCAACAAGCAGAGCCUCCCCAACAGCACCAGGCUGGAACUGUCUGAGGACAACAGGACUCUCACUUUAUUCCAUGUCACGAGGAAUGACACAGGACCCUAUAUGUGUGAAGCUCGGAACCCAGUGAGUGUCAGCCGCAGUGACCCAUUCACCCUGAACGUCAUCUUUGAUUCAACUGGCCUCUCAGGUGGUGCUAUUGCCUGCAUCGUGAUUGGAGUCCUGGCUGGCGUAGCUCUGAUAGCACCCCUGCUGUAUUUCCUGUAUAUGAGAUAGACUGGAAGGUCAGGGCCACUCUGACAAUUCACCUAACAAGGUAAGCACAGCCAGUUUCACUGGCUCCUUUUCUCAUGGAAAUAUCUCUGUGUAGAAUGGGUUAUUCUUGAAGAUACAAAAGUGAGAUCAAGUUUGGGUCAAAGUUCCUCACUUCAGCAACAGACAAAGAAGUAUUACCCCCACCAGUCUACCUCACUGCAAGAUGUGAACUUGAACCCUGGCUGGGACCUUGGGCUGGUAACUUAACCUCUUUGAUUCCCGGCUUUUUCACGUGUAAAAUGGACAUGCUGCCUCCUUCAAAGAGAAGUUCAAGGAAUUAAAUGACAUAACAAAGGUAAAGCACCUGACACAAUGCCCAGCUCAAGGAAGGCACUAGAUCAUUCUCCCUCUUCUGCCUCCAAUCUGACCCUGCUCUUACUAUCAAACGAUAAUUUCCAAUCUAAUAGAUCUGAGGUCUUAGUUCCUUUACUUUCUGAUAAUUGUACUGAAUUUUUCUCAUCUUAACCUUCAAUAGAAUAUACAUUGAUAUUGAAAAAUGCUUCAAUCAUAAGUAUAUUUUAACAAUGUUUAAGUUUCUACAUACCUAUGUAAACAGCACCCAAAUCAUUUAAAAAAAAAUCAACCCCCCCAACAAACACACACACAAAACGCUCCAGUUACUUCCCUCCAAAGAGUAAUGACUAUCCUUAUUUCCAGUGCAUUAGGUUAGUUUUACCUGGUUAUGCACUUAUAUAAAUGAAAAAUACAGUGUAUACAUGUGUCUGGCUUCUUUGAUUCAAAAUUGUCUUGUGAGAUUCAUUCAUAUUGUUGUGUGCCUUUGUCGUUCAUUUAUUCUCAUUGUUGUAUCAUCAUAUUCCAUUGUAGCAUUCCAUAAUCUAUCUCUUCUAAUGAACAUUCAAUAGGAUGUUAGUAAGCAGAGAAAAUGGGUAAUAAAAGCCCUUCUCUGAACUAAAAGUUUCAAAGUGGUGAAAGCAUGUGGUGCUGAAUCACACUGGACAAGGUGAGGGCCUGGCCUACGACACUGAUUUAAUUGACUGCUGUUCAUUCCUUUCAGAUUGACGAAGUUGCAUAUUCUGCCCUGAACUUCAAUGCCCAGGAAUCAAAGAAACCAACUUCAGCCUCCCCAUCAGCCACAGAAACAGUUUAUUCAGAAGUGAAAAAUAAGUGAUGCAACCAGUCCUGCUCACUGCACUUAUUCCAAGCUUCUCGUCCCCAUCCCUAGGAGAUGCCUUUGCCCUCCAGGGAAAAUGUGAAUAGUGUCUUUCCCCCGCUUUCAUCCCUAAUGAGGCUCCUCCAGGCUGCCUAGUCACAGUCCCUUCCUUCAGUGUCAGUAGAUGAAAAGGUACAUCCAGGAGGAGGGCUGUAGGAAACCCAACCUUCCUUGUCAUUGAACUUUGGCAAAGCAGACCUUGGGAGAGAGUUGCCAGAACCUCCAUGCCUCCCCAUUUCCUGACCUAAACUGGUUUUAAACUUGCUCAUUCCUUCCCACCCCAGUCCUUUCAUAUUGGAGUUUAACUUGAAUUUGCCAUAACCUGGAAAAUUAUGUCCUUGAUCCACUGAAAUGCAUGUGCCAGAAAAGGAGAGGAAAAGGAAAAACUUCUGCUCUCUGAAGCCCGGUGUGAACCCACCAUUCACAGGAAAACACAUACAUAACCAAUUCUGAACUGGGAAAUUCUAUACCUUUGUCCACUUUCAGGGUUGUCUACCUGCAGGACCAGGGCUAAACAACUUACUACUUAGCUAGAAUACCACCUAAACCUUUGAAAGCCUGUCUUCAGAGAAACUACUAGAAGCAACUAGAAAACAACUUCUCAAAGUCCAUAAGUGAAUCCUAAUGGAAAUUGCAAAAAAUGCACAUACUGUUUUAAUAACUUUAUGGGCUUCAUUAAAGGCAAUGCUCAGAGAUGGAGGGAUUAUCGCUUUAGAGGACAAUCAGCUCUUAACAGAGACAAUCUGCUGGGAUUUGGGAAAGGAAUCAGAAAGCUACCCUGCAGAGAUUAUUUAAAUAAUGGUUAAAGAAUGUACAAUUUGGGGUAUUGGGUUUUUUCCUUCCUUCUGAGACAUUCGCCAUUUAAAUUUUUGUAAUUGUUUGUUUAUGUGAAAGGGGUUAUGUUUACUUAAUUUGCUGUGUAAGCCAAUCUGACUGCCUUAGGUGAAAGACGCCACCAAAACCCCUCAAGUCCCUCUGGCCAGGAGCUCCUCAAGUCUUUUAUGUCAGGGGCUCCAAAAAGAAGAUAGGAAGAAGCAGUUUUCUACAUUCAUGGCCAGAAAGGGAUCUCGCUCAGUUUCUAGGCACCUCAGACCAACCAUCAGCACAAUUCUAUUCCACGUUUCUGCCUGUGUACGUUCCAUCCACCCCACUCACCUUCUCAGGAAACCUUGGCCUCUGCUAAGGUGUGUUUUGUUCUUAAGAAGCAGGAGCACCUGAAGGGGACACAACCACCCACGCAGCUGGCCUCGUUUACAACCUAGAAAGCUGCACUGGUGCUGAUGCUCCUUAGGACACAAGGGGAGGAUUAUAGCUCAGCUCUGGGCUUCGUGAAAGCCUCUGAAAUUUGUUUUCUCCCAUGGGGUCUAUGAGACCCAAUGUGUCAGCACAAAAAGGACGGGCAGGAGAAGGAGAGGCACGUCUACUUCCCACCCAGCCUCCUUCUGCAUGGAUGGAACCUCCUUGAGGCUGUUGAGAGAAAGGUUUUAUUCCAUAUUCAUUACUUGAUCUAAUGCUGAGUGGAACUGGCCCCCUCAAAGAGGGUUGGUUGGGAGUUCUCUGUACUCAGGUACCUCUUUCAGGGUUUUUUAACCCUGACACAGACUGUAUAUACCUCCCCUCAUCCACGCUAUUCUGUGUAAUUUAAUUUUGCCUGGCUAAGGCCGCUUCUGAAUUAUUUGUAUAAUUUGCUCUAUAUUUAUAAUAAAAAUUAUAUAUCAGGCAUCAA